AUGCCUCGCCGCCUCGCACAACUCCGUCAGGUCUCGAAGACGUUGCCCGCAAAGCUUCGCCCCGUCUGGCUCGGUAGAGGGAUACGCUAUCUAGGAAGAGGCAUAUCCCGUAUCCCCAUCGCCCCUGUCAUCACGGUAGUCGAAACCGCGGGCAAUGUGGGGUCCUCUUUCCCUCUCGUUCAGGGGAUCUCGUCAGUCACCAUAACACUGCUGCAACGCGCACAAGUGGUAGGGCGGAAUCGCAAGGAGUGUAAGGAGCUCGCUUGUCUGGCUGAAAGCGUCACGUCCGCCGUAGUGGAAGCGACUAAUGACGUGCAGGAAGAAGAGCUGGACGAGAAGUUCCUGCUUCACCUGGCCGAGCUCGAAUGGCGCAUGGAGCAGAUCGUCAACACCAUGACGCGCUUGGAGAGAAAGCCAACGUGGCGUCGUUUCUGGCGCAAGGACAAGCACGAUGACGCUCUCAUCGAACACAAGAAGAGUUUGGAGCACGCGCUGAGGAUUUUUCAGGUUUGUCCCCACCUCUAG